GAACUGGCUGGAACGCCAAGAAUAUGCGAUGUCCUUGCUGAUGCACCCAACCCCUCAGCCAGUACCACAUAACAACCAAAGCCAUGUGGGGGUGCGACGUUGAAGACUGCAACAGGCCGGCUGUACGAUUAGACGGUGACUGUGUUAUUUGCGACCGUCAUUUCUGUGACGAACAUAUUGAACACGGAUGUCCCAAGUGGCAGGUGACGAGAAGAAAUAUAUCAUGCUCUCAAGUCCUGACAUAUCUAACAAUCCACAUCAAGGACGGGGAACUCUACGAUCUAGCUGCUCAGGAAGCAGAGAGGGGCGAGAUAACCAGGUUACUAGAUUCUCUGAACCUCUCUGCACUCCUCAAGAGAGCGACCUACUUACGAAAUGGGAUUGCCUGUUGCUCGCCUCAACCUCUUGUAUACGACAGAUCAAAACGCUCAUCAGUUAUGGGUGGCAUGAAUUAUCAUAUAGAAAUUCUUUUUGCUGAUGGGGUUCAGUGGUUGGCCCGUAUUCGAAGAUCCAACGCUACUUCACCACCUCCUGAACUACGUGACUAUAUCAUAUGCAGCGAAGUCGCGACUCUUAGAUUUCUGGACAACAUGAAAGUCCGUGUUCCGAGGGUGUUCGACUACGCGCUGAAGGGUCAAACUCCCGUCGGCGUUGGAUAUAUACUCAUGGAAAAACUCCCGGGCAAAUCAUUACGCUGGUCUCUCGCGUCUCAGGAGCAAAGGAAGAAAGUUAUGACUCAGCUAGCGGAUGUAUACAUUGAGUUGGAACGUUUUGCGUUCAACAGUAUGGGAUCUAUGAAUGAACCAGGAAGUGACCACAUUGCUCCGUUUGCCCGGGAAUCAUUGACCGAAUAUGUCAACUCGCAAAUGGUUUCCCUCGGGCCAUACAAGGACCCGAGAGAGUACCUCCAAUCUAGCAUUGAGCUCAUAAUGAGAUUGAUCCUGAGAGGGGAAUGCUAUGCAGGACGCGAGAUAGAUGCAUUCUUAGUUCACCGAUUUCUCCUUGAUUGCAUCCCAAGAAUCAUAGAACAUCACACUUAUGACGACGGACGAUUCUAUCUACGGCACGCUGAUGACAAGGGUGAUCAUAUUCUCGUUGAUGGUGAUUACAAUAUCACGGGAAUCGUUGAUUGGGAAUGGGCUCAUACAGACUCAAAGACGGAAGCAUUUAAAUUGCCCGUCAUGCUUCUCCCAGUUUCUGACUUCUACGAAGGAGUUAAUACUGUUAGCGAGGAUGAAUCCACCUUUGCAGAUAUACUUGAGGCAAAAGGAAACAAGGACUUGCAGACAUAGUCAGGAAUGGGAGACUGCUUCAUCGAUUCCAGUUCUGUUGUGGAUAUGACUUUACAGAUUGGGAUGGGUUCUUAAGCCUUUUUCAAGGCCUUCGAAAUGCCUUGAACAUAGAUGCAGAUUCGGGCUGGGAUGACUGGAAGACAAACGCUUUGGAACGAUAUUCGGGUGAUGUACGUCUGAAGACUCUACUGGGGCAGACGAAAUAGUUUUUUCAUCCUCGUUAUCAAGUGCUAUUUCUUUAUGACAAUGAGAAACGUGC